AUGUCCACAUCUGACAUCUCCUUCACAAGCCUGGGCCUGGUAGUCCUCGACGAGAUCCGAGUCGCAGAUCAAACCCCUUUAACAAAUGUAGUCGGGGGCUCUGGAGUCUAUGCCAAGGACUUCAAGUAUACCACACCCGUCCUCGCAGUUCAAGACAGCAGCAUAGCGAGCACGGCACUUCUGGGUUCAAAUGUGUUUCACUACCUGCACACUCCGCACGAUAUCAAACCUCGCAUCGAGAGUCUUCUUGCUCUUCGUCAAAAGGCAGGUAUUACGAACCGCCCUCUGAUAAUCUGGGAACCUGCACCACCGUCCUGCCAAUCCGAGAACCUACAAACAUGUCUAGAAGCCGCAGCGUUGGUGGACGUGUUUUCUCCAAAUCACCUAGAACUAGCUGCUUUCUUUGAAGAAUCACUCUCACUCUCACCAUCAGCUUCGGCCUCGGAAGAAUAUUCAGAAAAAGACCAAACGAAAACGAAAAUCGAGGAACUGGCUUUAAAAUUCUUGGAAAGAGGUGUUGGUCCAUCCGGAAACGGGCUUAUGCUCAUCAGAGCUGGAGAGCUUGGAUGUCUACUUCGAUCACGCACUCUUCCGUCUCCGGUAUGGAUUCCCCCAUUCUAUGACCCCGACUCCGACUCCAAGCCGCCGAAGCAGCAUGCGAAAGUAAUUGAUCCAACUGGGGCCGGGAAUGCCUUCCUGGGUGCAUUUGCGGUGGGCUAUCUCAAGACGGGUGGAAGCGUUGUUGAAGCUGCGUGUUAUGGUUCUGUGGGUGCAUCUUUUGCGUUGGAGCAGGUUGGGAUCUAA